AUGGGUUGCGGAGCUUCCAAAGAAGACAAUGCCGGCAAGGCGAGGAAUGAUGAGAUUGAGAAUCAGCUCAAGCGCGACAAGAUGGCGCAGCGGAAUGAGAUCAAGAUGCUGCUGCUUGGUGCCGGUGAAUCCGGGAAGUCGACUAUUCUCAAGCAAAUGAAGCUGAUUCAUGAGGGCGGCUACUCGAGAGACGAGCGCGAGUCUUUCAAAGAAAUCAUCUUCUCCAACACUGUCCAGUCAAUGCGUGUUAUCCUCGAGGCUAUGGAGUCCCUCGAACUCCCUCUCGACGAUCAGCGCGCCGAGUACCACGUGCAGACCAUUUUCAUGCAGCCACCUCAGAUUGAGGGCGAUAGUCUUCCCACCGAAGUCGGCGCCGCCAUCAAGGCCCUUUGGCAAGACGUCGGUGUGCAGGAGUGCUUCCGAAGAUCGCGAGAAUAUCAGCUCAACGACUCUGCUCGAUACUAUUUUGAUUCCAUCGACAGAAUCGCGGCUCACGACUAUUUGCCCAACGACCAGGAUGUCUUGCGCUCACGUGUCAAGACCACUGGAAUUACCGAGACUACUUUCAUCAUCCAGGACUUGACCUACCGCAUGUUUGACGUCGGCGGCCAACGAUCUGAACGAAAGAAGUGGAUUCACUGCUUUGAGAACGUUACCACCAUCCUCUUCCUUGUCGCCAUCUCCGAAUACGACCAGCUACUUUUUGAAGAUGAGACAGUCAAUCGUAUGCAAGAAGCUCUUACUCUUUUCGACAGUAUCUGCAACUCGCGGUGGUUCAUCAAGACAAGCAUAAUCCUGUUCCUGAACAAGAUCGAUCGUUUCAAGGAGAAGCUACCCCUAUCUCCCAUGCAGAAUUACUUCCCCGACUACGAGGGCGGUCCCGACUACGCUGCGGCUUGCGAUUACAUCCUGAAUCGAUUCGUUUCUCUGAACCAGGCAGAGACCAAGCAGAUCUACACCCACUUCACAUGCGCUACCGAUACCACGCAAAUCCGAUUCGUCAUGGGUGCUGUCAAUGAUAUCAUCAUACAGGAGAAUCUGCGCAUGUGUGGUCUUAUCUAG